UCUCGGAAGUUGAACACGGAUACCUCCCCCCGUCCUAUAAUUGGAGUUAGAUGAUUUGAUAAACAACUCUUUCUGGGGGGGGGGGAUCACCGUCUUCGUUAUGGCAACGGUCAAAAGAGAUGACAGACUGACAAGUUCUCAAAGCUUUGUUUGCGUUGGUUUCGCUGGGAUCUUUAGCAAAACCGUCACAUCGCCUCUGGAGGUGGUUAAGAUCAAGAGUCAAGUGGGCACUUUUCAUUGCAAGAGGGGCUUUUGGCAAAGUUUCUCCCUCAUCUACCAAAACGAAGGACUUCGAGGAUUAUGGAAAGGGAAUUUCGUGUCAUGUCUGCGGUUAUUCCCUCACAGUGCCGUUCACUUGACAACAUAUAAAGAGAUAGUCCAUCUUCACAUGGACGAGCUAGGCUUCGUCUCUCAUUGGAGGGCCAUAUUCGCUGGUGGACUGGCUGGGAUAUUUGCUGCCCUGGCCACAUACCCUCUGGAAGUUGCAGAGACAAGGCUCGUCGUUCAGAAUUGCAAAGAACCCACAUAUAUUGGAGUAGCUCACACUCUGACUAAGAUCUAUAGGAGUGAAGGACUUUUUGCACUUUACAGGGGCUUCUCACUCACAGUCUUAGGUGCAUUUCCCUUCUCUCUCGGCUGCUGUGCAGUUUACAUGAACUUGGACAACCUGUGGCAGGAGCCUCCUUCUCGAUUUACUUCCCUGCAAAAUUUCAUUAAUGGCUGUCUUGCUGCGGGUGUGGCACAAACCCUCUCCUACCCUUUUGAAACUGUAAAGAGGAAAAUGCAGGCCCAGAGUGCCCGUCUUCCUCAUUUUGGUGGAACUGAUGUCCAUUUCACUGGCGUGAUUGAUUGUUUUAAACAGGUGGUCAAAAACAAGGGGAUCCUCUCACUUUGGAAUGGCUUUACUGCUAAUACAAUCAAGAUUGUUCCCUACUCUGGCCUUCUUUUCUCCUGCUUUGAGAUGUGCAAGCAGGUUUGCCUUUACCGCAAUGGAUAUAUUGUCUCACCUCUAAGCUAUAAACUUGCACCAGGGGUAGACCAAAGCCUGGGGGCAUAUGAGUUGGAAGAGGUGAAGCGCUACUUGAAAAACAGGAAUCUUCGGUCACAGGAGUCAUCUUUGGGAAAUCGCUGGUGAAUCUCGUCCUGCAUGGUCGCCAUGCACAGAAUAUUAUGUUUUUAUAAUAUGUUAAUUAACAAACACACUGGUAUUUAAAGUAAGGCAGUGGACUUGACAAAUUAGUUAGGAAUAUUUGUUCGGUCAUGAUUAUACACAGAGUCAUAUCUGUGUUAAUGCUGAUGUACAGAAUUUCAGCUUUGAUAUGUUUGCAGAAACUAUGUCAUUAACACUCGACUCACAUUUAUGCACUGUUCUGUCAGCACGGGGCUACCUCAACCAGAACAUGUCAUUUCUUCUGAGAUGAUUUUCUUUAUUGAUUAUUAAUCAUGAUGUCGUUACCAUGACUCCAUAUGGGGAAAAAGCACAAACGUGACCUCUUGAAAGACUCUUUCUGCAGUCGACCUAAAAAAAAAAAGAACGGUAUGAUCACUCUUUCCAGCGUAAACCAUUUAAUAUGUCACGUGCCUUGAGAGUUGCAUAUUAUGGUGCUUAUUUUUUAGGCAAUGUGUCACUGGUGUCCAGUAGUGUCAUGGUAAAGCAACUAGCUUCAACAUGACAAUCUUACUCUAGAUAUUGAAUUGCAAUUGAAGCCCUUUGAUUUGAUGAGGGUACAGUUUUAUAGGUUCCUUAUAUGAUGGCUUGUAUUUGCUAACGUAUAAUGAAUGUUGAAUUUGAUGACUAAGAAUUAUUGAAUAAGGCUGUACAUUUCACAAUCACAUUCAUUUGUCAGCAUGUAUUGUGACUGUUCCAAAGUAUCUAAAACAUUUCUUUUGUGGCUCUUUUUUAAAUUAAGUUUUACUGUUUAAGGUCUUAUAUUGUGCAAGUUGUCUCUUCUGUACUUUGAAAAUCCUCAGAUAAAAAUGCAUUUCAAAAUCGGAACAUAUACAUCGUGUUCGCUUUAACUCCUUUUUCAAGGGCAAGCAGGCCUCUAUAAACAGUGGGGUCAUGGUUGAAAGUGUUAUUACUUCCAUGUGUUUUGUUUUAUUUUGGAACAGUUAACAGUACCACCAGUUUGUUCCACAAGUGUGUGCCCUCUAGUACAACAUUCAGCCUAAUCUUAGGCUACUCUAAAGCAUGUCGACAAUCCACUCACCCCACAUUCCCACCAAGUCAUGCAAACUAACCUAGUUUGUUUCAAAUUCAUGUUUUGGUGACCCCUUUUGGUUAUCUUGUGUCUAUCGAUGGCGUACAUCAACUUCUCUCCCCAUUUGCAAAACUUGGGAAUAACAUGACUAUGUUAACAAACUGAAUAAACUUACUGAUUCUUGUUCUGUAUAGAAUUCCAUCUAUGAUUUAAUCACUUUUUCUGCCACUCUGUGAGAA